AUGACCGGCUCCAACACCUCACCCGUGGUCCCGAGAUGCACGCCACUUUCCCAGCGACGACAUCCGGAUGAGGGGAUGAGUAUUAGUGUCGAGAUGAGCGCACUGCAGGCCCAGCAAUGGAAUAUGAUCCGCCACUCCCUUUGGAUGCUAUCAGCAAUGGCAAUCUCCGGCGCACUAAUGACCAUGAUCUCCCUCGAAUUCUUCUUGUUAUCUGAACGAAAGGAUCCGAUUGAGAAACGCAUCCUGGAGCAGUACACGUCACUUUCAGAGACGCUGACCGAGCUCUCCUACUGCCUCGACAUCUCGGCUUGCCUGGUGUCGUUGGCCGCCUUUUUCUCGGCGUCAUUUCAGGUGUUCUUCACGCUGAAUCUGAUCCAGUCGAAUCCGAGUGACCCGGCGGCCGCAAUCCGCUUCCUUCAAGGGACCUCCUUCAUCCGGUUGGUCGUCUUCGGCUUCUGGUUCACGGCUGUAAUAUUAUUUUUAGGAGUCCUCUCCGCCUACGUGGCCAUCUCCCCGCUGCGCGGCGCCCCGUCGAAGGGCGUCUCGAUGGCGCUGGCCUUAUUUGUGCUGCUGAUCUCGUGCAUUUCCGUUAUACGGAGUAUCGUGUAUUGGAUCAGGAAUGGGUAUUCCGGUUCCGGAAAACUUGGAGAUAUCGCCAACUAUUCAACGCUUGUG